GGGCCGGCCGCCUUUUCGGGUUGCACCAGGUCCUCGGUCGGGCUGCAGUUGCUGGGCGAUGGCGGCGCGCAGAGCCAUGGCGCUAGCGGCCGCGGUGCUUUUGGCAGGGUUUAUGUCUGUGGACUCGGUGAAAUCCCGCCGACAGACCGGACACGAAAAGCAAAAUAAUUUCUUCAGGCGGGCGGCAAGCAGCGUUUCCCGGAGCCUGGCGGCCGUGUUCGGGGAGGAGAAUGUGCAGGCGGUGCAAAAGUUCUUUUCCAGGAUCACUGAGCAGUUUGUGUUUAGCAUGGAUGUGUUGGUGGACACAGUAUGGAAAAUAUGGACAGACCUGCUGGAUGUUCUUGGAAUUGAUGGAUCAAACUUGAACCAGUAUCUGAACCCGGCGACAGCUGUAAACCACCCAACUCAAGUUCUCCUACUAGUCGUUGCUGUACUUGUAGCUUAUUGGUUUUUGUCAAUGUUUCUGGGGCUUUUAUUUUAUGCAUUACGCUCAAUGUUUGGCUGCUUUUUCUGGAUUGCUAGAGUUGUCUUUUUUGCCCUCGCUUGCCUAUAUAUUCUGCAGAAAUCUGAAGGUGACCCUGAAGGUGCUGUGCUCCCACUUUGUUUUGUAGUUUUGACAUACAUUAUGACUGGUCCAGUUGGUUUUUAUUGGAGGAGGAGCGUUAGUCACGUAGAAGAAAAACUUGAUCAUCUUGAUGGCCAAAUCAGGCUUAUGAACAUUCGCCUCAAUAGGGUAUUGGAAAAACUCGACCAAAACACUGCUUAGUGUUGGAAGGAAUGCUAUUGCUCAUCACCAGCACUGUUUAAUGGAUAGUGAAGCACUUGUUUAACAAGUGCGAGUAACCCAUAUUCAAGGAUUUCUGUCCCUAAGUUUUUCUCGCAAUCAUUUAACCACUUUUUAUUUUUAUACUUCCUACUUUGUAUUCAUCAGUCAUACUAUAAAUGGGAAUAAUUUCUUUGUCUUUUUUAAUUCCCCUUCCUUUGUCUGAAAUGUGCAUGGUCAAGUGUUUAUUAGCACAAACAGAAUCAGUUUCACUACAUACAAACACCAACAAAGGAACAUUUUUUUUAUUCUCCCAAAUUUUAACUUAUUGGAGGAAGGGAGGAAAGAAUAUAUUUGUGCUCAGUAAUUAUGCACUAUUGUGGUUGUCUUGUUAGUACACUGAAUCAGAAGGAUAGUUAUAUUUUUAGCAUUUUAGUAUAGUUUUGUGAAACAAUCAAGGGUAAGUUCUAAAUUAAACUACUACUAUACAACCUUUUCAUCAGUUUCCAUUCUCUCUCUUUCAGUGCUGCUAUGUUAUUGGAUUCUGAAUUGCAUAAGUGAGAAUCUAUUUGAGUUGGUGUUCUAUAUGCAAUGUGCUGUAAUGAAAAAAAGAUUCAUAUCUGUUGUGCACCCCCACUUGGUGUUUUCCCUCAGUUUUGUGGGUGCAUUUCAUGUGAAGACAAGUACAGUAUAGAAAUGUGUAUGUGUAUAUCUUCUGCAAACUGCAGAUUUUUGCCAAUGGAUUUGUAGACCAUGGACUAUUAAUUUGGCAUGUUUGUAAAUGUGAUAAGUAAUUCAUUAUCAGAUUAUUUGUAUAUAGUUUAAUUAUGGCAUAUGAUGUUGAGCCAAAUUAAUAAUAAAAGUCUUGCAAAAAUAAAUGUGAAAACAUGGUCCAAUCUACUAAGUCUCUUAAUCACUGCAAGAUCAUCUGCCCAUCUCCAGUUUCUAAUAGAGCUGAACUAAAGUAAUAGAUGACCUUAAAUCUGUAACGUUUGCUCCCACAAAUUUGUGUUUCUAUGAUUCCUCUUUGAGAGAUGGUCUUUUGAAUUGCACAAGAUAGAUUUUAGCAUGAAAAUAUUAGACCUCUGAAUGGGUUAUACUAUUUACAAGAAUGAUAUUACUAAUGAAUGACGGUAGUUAAGUGAGUCUUGGAACUGAUGGAUCCAAAUCAAUCAAUUUUGUGAUGAAGUCUCUUGGCUCUCUUUGCCCUGAUCAUAUAAGAAAAUGAGAGAGGGAUUUUAAAUGAUAUUGUUGCACCUGUACAAUCAAUUCUAUAUGGAACUAACUCCACUACUAUAAAGUACCAACAGAUUGUGUUCAUUUACUUUGGUUCUAGAUGAUGUGCCUUUUGGGAGUAUAUGAUGCUAUAUGUGAAGAACUUGUUUGGAAAUGAACACUGAAGGGAAAAUAAGCUGAAAAUGUUUGUUCACUCAGACCAUGCUUUUGAUUUCUCUAUCCUAGGAAAAGUGUAGAAUAAUGGGAAUUCUUGAUUAUGACUGAUAUAGAAUAAACAACCUAUUAGAUUAUAUUGUACAUUUAAUAUAAUGUAAAUUGUGCUGAUAAUUGUACUUGAGCUCAUGUUUUGACCAAAUUUACAAUGCAAUUGGUAGAUUGCAAUACUUAUAAAACUUUUUAAGAUUUAAAAGUACUUUGCUUUCUGCUGACUUUAAGAGUAUUUCUGUUCUAUUACAUUAGGAUCACUAGUUUUGAGCAUUUGGUGUUAAUAAGUACAAUUAUUUUUGUGAUACCUUUUUUAAUAUUACAAACUGCACUUAACUUAUUUUGACUGCCUUUUUUGAUAUAAUCUCCAAAUUCACAUCAAGUAAUUUUAUGCAUUUGGUAAUUUUGCUGUUUGUAUAUUUACAUCUUGCUGUUAAGUAUUGUUUGAAUUGAGUUCUCCAGAUCUCCAGAUGUAAGUUUAGUAAGAAAUGAAUAAUAGAAUCUGUUAAGCACAACGUUACUGUGUAUGUUAAUAAAGGUAAAACAAUACAA